UUUCUUCAUAUUUUCAUACGGACGGAACGUAGUCCCGUCAAAAAUGGCCUCUUUACUCAAUGUUUUGCUGCGAAAAUCCGCAAAUGCAGGCCAAACAACGGCUCUGUUAAAGAAUUUACCAGCUGUUUACAAUGUGAACAACCAGCGCGGUGCCCAUCGAUGGAUGCCGGACCAGGAGUAUGUGAAGCAGUUCGAGGGAGCCGUCAUGUACCCUGAUGAGGUCACCUCCCUGCUGAAACACCCUCCUUACCAUAGUGUGAUUGCUCCCGGUGAGAAGAAGGUCCGUAACAUGGUGCUGAACUUCGGUCCCCAGCAUCCCGCUGCCCACGGUGUGCUGCGUCUGGUACUCGAGUUGGACGGGGAGACUGUCCGCGCUGCCGACCCCCACAUCGGCCUCCUGCACCGUGGCACGGAGAAGCUCAUUGAGUACAAGACCUUCACCCAAGCCCUGCCCUACUUCGACCGGCUGGACUACGUGUCCAUGAUGUGCAACGAGCAGUGCUACAGUCUCGCUGUUGAGAAGCUGCUCAACAUUGAUAUACCGCUCCGAGCCAAGUAUAUUAGGACUCUCUUCGCCGAAAUAACACGUAUACUGAACCACAUAAUGGCUGUCGGCACUCACGCCCUGGACGUGGGCGCGCUCACUCCCUUCUUCUGGCUGUUCGAGGAGCGAGAGAAGAUGAUGGAGUUCUACGAGAGAGUCAGCGGCGCCAGGAUGCACGCCGCCUACAUCAGGCCAGGGGGAGUGUCUCUGGACAUGCCAAUAGGUCUGAUGGACGAUAUAUACGAGUUCGCGUACAAGUUCGCCGAGCGCCUGGACGAGGUUGAGGACGUGCUCACCACGAACAGGAUCUGGGUGCAGAGGACCAAGGACAUAGGAGUGGUCACCGCGCAGGACGCACUCAAUUAUGGCUUCAGUGGUGUGAUGCUCCGCGGGUCUGGUAUCAAGUGGGACCUCCGCAAGUCGCAGCCCUACGACGCGUACCACCUCGUCGACUUCGACGUCCCCAUCGGGACCAACGGGGACUGCUACGACAGGUACUUAUGCCGUGUGGAAGAGAUGCGCCAGUCGCUUCGCAUCAUCGACCAGUGCCUGAACCAGAUGCCGGCCGGAGAGGUGAAGACUGACGACGCCAAGCUCACGCCGCCCUCGCGCGAGGAGAUGAAGACAUCAAUGGAGGCCCUGAUCCACCACUUCAAGCUGUUCACUCAGGGCUACCAGGUCCCUCCCGGCGCCACCUACACGGCCGUGGAGGCGCCCAAGGGAGAGUUCGGGAUCUAUCUCGUGUCUGACGGAGGGUCCAAGCCUUACAGAUGCAAGAUCAAGGCCCCUGGCUUCGCUCACUUGGCAGCGCUCGAGAAGAUCGGCAAGAACUCCAUGUUGGCAGACAUUGUGGCCAUCAUCGGGACCCUGGACGUGGUCUUCGGGGAGAUUGACCGAUAAACAAACUAACAAAAAACCGGAAAUACCGUAAAACACCCAAGAAAUUAAAAGUUCAAGAAACCGGAUCUUAAAAUGAUGAUGUUAUCCGAGGCAAUUUGGCCAUUUCCGGUUUUUACGGUUUUCGUGUAUCGGUAAACACCGGUUAUUAGUUAAGCGCAACAUUGAUAGUAUAAAUCUCAGUGUAGAUUUCCUUUGUACAUUUUAAUUUUAAGCAAUAAAUUAUUGUAAAAUAAUUUUGAAGCUUAUUCGUGUAAAUAACCGGUUAUUUUCAAUAUCCCUUUAUUUUAACGUUUGUGAUGCAUUGUACAGGAAAAGUAAAAAAAAAUAUAAAAUCGAAAAUU